AGCCCCUUGCCGCAGCCCGGGGCGCGCCCCGCAGCCCUCUCUGGCACGAGGGAGGACACGUCCUGUAAGAGCCAGUCGACCUUUGAGCAGUCGGGGAGUUGGUCCGUUUGCAUCUCCUUGGCCCCUUUCAGGAAAAUUUGGGGUUUACCGCGUUGGGUGUGUGAAGGGAGCUGUUUGUAUCGGACAGCCAUUUCAUGCCUGCAUCGCUCAGAAGUUGUGUCAGAGCCACCAAAUUAGGAUAAAUCCUCCCCUCAUUUGGGACAAAAAGUAAGGCUUGGGUUGCCUGUGACAAGUUAUCUGACAUUGACGAUUCCUCCAGGCUCUUUAACCUGAUUGAACUUUGAACCCCUUUGAGAAGUUGAAAGUGAUAGGGACCUUUUAUCCAGAACAAAUGCCAUACGUACACACACACAAUUUUUCCUCCAAUCUUAGGUGGUUCUAGGACUCCUAUGAAGUAACCCUGUUCCACAAAAUCUUCGAGCUCGACUUCUGUAACUGACAUUUUUGUAUACAUUUACAAAGCCGUUUGCAAAACAAAAAAGCAGAAGCAGCGUUUGGACCUGGUUUUGCGCUGGUAGUGUAUUCUGCUGUUUAAAAAAUACCAGGCACAAACUCAGAUUGCUGUUAAAAUUUCAAACAAUGCAAUUCUGUGAUAGUUUAGAAAUUUGUGAUGUGGCUCUUCUUUAGACAUGUAAUUCAGUUUUGUUGGGGGUAUAAUUGACAAAUAGAAAUUGUAUAUAUGUUAAAGGUGUACAUUUUAAUGUUUUGAUAUAUGUAUACAUUUAGGAAAUGGUCUCUACAAACUAGUUAACAAAUCCAUCACUUCACAAUUACCAUUUUUUCAUGUGUGUGAUGAGAACACUUAAGAUCUUUUUAGCAAAUUUCAAGCAUACAAUACAGUGUUGUUAACUAUAGUCACCAUACUAUACAUUAAAUCUAGACAUACAUAAAUUUUAAAAUCCAGAGUUAGAUUCGAAAUCAUUCUCUUAAAUUGGGUCCUGCAAUACUUUUAGAAGGGAUAGAGUUUAGUAAAAACCAACAUAAGGAGGGAAUUACGUUCUCUAAAAUGCAUAGUAUUUGUCCUAAGAAGAGAAGACUGCAGUUGAGAGGUUUCUGAUGCUUACUGAGUAUCUACAAAUCCUGCAAUCAAAGUAACUCAGUGAGAAGACGCUUCAUUAUCCCUAGUGGCUGGAGGGAGUGGUUUCAGUGAUCUGUACUUGUCAAAAGCCAUCUGUAAUGUCUUUGUAACUGAACCUCUUAAAAUUUAUUUGUAAUAAUAACAUGUUUGGAGGUAUAAUAUCAGCCAAGCAUUGUAUCCAUUUUUCCAUUAUUUUCUCUGAGGAAGAAAGCAUCAUAGUGCUUAGCAGUUGUUAAGUAACUGAAGGAAGCACGUUGAGGUUUCAUUGCAGCCUCUAAGCCUUUGCUGUGAGGAAGAAUAUAGUGGAAGAAGAUACUUUAUAAAUACUACCCAAGUUUAAGGAAUUUGGAUGGUAUAUCUUUACAAAGCAUAUAUUUUAUCUCAACUUUGACAGUGAUAAACCGUUGGUAAGUCAGGACAUGCCUUUCUAAUAAAAUUUUUUUUCAGCUAUGUGCUAAGAGUAGAUUACUUUUACAGUAAUAGUGAUGUAAUUAUUUGUUAUGUUAGUUUAUUCUUGAGCAAACAAAUAUUUAAAAUUAUUUUUUAGUUAGUUUAAAAAAGUUGUCCUGUAGGUUAGUUUCUUUAGCAAAUGAGGAGAUGUUGAAGGUCAGCAUAAUGACCUCUGAGUUGAUUCAUGUAGGGAUUUUUUCCCUUUUUUGAGAGUUUGAAGAAAAUUUAUAUUUUUGAAAUAUUGUCCCAUAUAUCUUUUGACUAACUUGAAUGAUUUUAGAGCUUUCCUGAAGACAAAGGGAACCAGUGUUCUGAUUGAAUUUACCAGCAGUCAUUUUGGUCCUGAGGACCAGUGUGAAGGCAGGGACAAGUAAAUAAUUUCUGGUAUUUAAAUGAGUUUAUCUCAAUAUGUGGGUUAAUUCUAGGUGUCCUAAAACUGGUUUGGUUAUACAAAUAUGCAACUAGACUAAAGGGAAAACCAAAGGUAAUAUAGAACCAGUGUUCAGAAAAAUUGCAGGAAACUUUUCUUUUUAAGGUAACAGCAGUAAAAAUAAAUAGGAACAGUAUCAAGUGUGGUUUGGAAAAUCCUGAACUUUUGACAUUUGCUUUAGUGUUUAAUUUUUCUUUUUUGCCCACAGUUUUUCAGCUUUCUAGAGUAACUUUGUUGUAAAUGAAAAUAAGAUGAAUGUUUUCUUAUAUUUCCAUAAAAAGAUCAAAGAGAAGCCCCCGUUUAUUUUUUAUUGGCCCAGAUUAUUCUUCAUCAGCAUGGUUACCUGGUAAUGAACCCUUGUGGCAGGCCACAAGUGUUCCAUCUAACCAUCGAAAUAACCAUAUCAGGAGACAUAGUAUAGCUUCUGACAGUGGCGACACCGGUAUUGGAACUUCCUGUUCUGACAGCGUGGAAGAUCAUUCAACUUCAAGUGGCACAUUAUCUUUUAAGCCUAGUCGAUCGUUGGUUACUCUUCCUACUGCCCAUGUCAUGCCGUCUAACUCCAGUGCUUCGGUUUCCAAACAUAGAGAAUCAUUGACAUCAGAUGGCUCAAAAUGGAGUACAAGCCUCAUGCAAACCUUGGGGAACCACAGUAGAGGAGAGCAGGACUCUUCACUAGACAUGAAGGACUUCCGGCCCCUCCGGAAAUGGUCAUCUUUAUCCAAACUCACUGCCCCGGAUAACUACAGCCAGAGUGGUGGUGUAAACACUGAAGAGUCAAGGAGUGGUUUGGAAAAGACAGGGAGAGGCAAGGCUUUAACAUCACAACUAAGGACAAUUGGGCCUAGCUGCUUACAUGAUAGUAUGGAGAUGCUUAAGCUAGAGGACAAGGAAAUAAGUAAAAAACGAUCUUCAACUCUGGACUGCAAAUAUAAAUUUGAGAGCUGUAACAAAGAGGACUUUAGAGCUGCUUCCUCCACUCUUCGGAGACAGACCUUAGACAUGACUUAUAGUGCCUUACCUGAAAGCAAGCCUAUUAUGACAAGCUCAGAGACUUUUGAACCUCCAAAAUACUUAAUGCUUGGUCAGCAGGCAGUAGGGGGAGUUCCCAUUCAGCCUUCUGUGAGGACACAGAUGUGGCUUACAGAGCAGUUGAGGACGAAUCCUUUGGAAGGUAGAACUACAGAGGACUCUUAUAGCUUAGCUCCUUGGCAACAGCAGCAUAUCGAAGAGUUUCGACCAGAAAGUGAAUCACCAAUGCAGGUUUUGACUGGAUCAUCUCGUCAGACUUACUCACCUUCUGGCUAUCAGGAUUUCAGUAAGUGGGAAUCAGUGCUGAAAAUAAAAGAAGGACUACUGAGGCAGAAAGAAAUUGUAAUUGAUCGACAGAAGCAACAAAUUACCCACCUACAUGAGAGGAUAAGGGAUAAUGAGUUACGGGCGCAACACGCCAUGUUAGGACAUUAUGUGAGUUGUGAGGAUUCCUACGUGGCUAGUUUGCAGCCACAAUAUGAGAACACUUCACUGCAGAGUUCAUUUUCAGAUCAGUCAGUGUCCCCUUCCCAGCAAGAGGAACUUGAGCAAAAGCUUGCAUCUACUGAGAAAGAGGUUUUACAGCUCAAUCAGUUUCUCAAACAAAGAAUAAGCCAGUUUAGUGAAGAGAAGAAGAAACUGGAGGAAAAGCUUAAAACCAGAGAUAGAUACAUCAGUAGCCUGAAAAAAAAAUGCCAGAAGGAAUCUGAACAAAACAAAGAAAAGCAGAGAAGAAUUGAGACCUUGGAAAAGUAUCUGGCUGAUCUUCCAACUCUAGAUGAUGUACAGAGUCAGAGUCUACAGCUGCAGGUUCUAGAGGAAAAAAAUAAGAAUUUGCAAGAGGCUUUGAUAGAUACAGAAAAAAAGCUUGAAGAGACCAAAAAGCAAUAUCAAGAGAAAGAGGCACAGUUAAUAUGCCAGAAGAAGAAAGAGAAGGAGUUGGUAACUACAGUUCAGAGUUUGCAGCAAAAAGUAGAAAGAUGCCUUGAAGAUGGAAUCCGCCUUCCCAUGUUAGAUGCAAAACAGCUUCAGAAUGAGAAUGAAAACUUGCGAGAGCAAAAUGAGAAUGCUAGUAAGAUCAUAGACAGCCAACAAGAUGAGAUUGACAGAAUGAUUUUAGAAAUUCAGUCUAUGCAAGGGAAACUGUCUAAAGAAAAAUUGACCACUCAAAAGAUGAUGGAAGAACUGGAAAAGAAAGAAAGAAACCUACAGAGAUUAACAAAAACAUUGCUUGAUAACCAAAGACAAACAGAAGAGUCGUGCUGUUUAUUGGAUCAGGGCCAGGAAGCCGACCAGUCCAGGCAGCAGGCACUUCUUUCCAAACGGCCACUGUUUGAUUUGAGUGUGAUUGAUCAGCUGUUCAAGGAAAUGUCCUAUUGCCUGUUUGACUUAAAGGCGUUGUGUAGUAUUCUUAAUCAGCGUGCUCAGGGCAAGGAGCCUAAUCUUUCAUUAUUACUGGGAAUCAGAUCAAUGAACUGUUCAGUUGAAGAGACUGAGAAUGACCACAGCCCAGAAACACUCACUAAAAAACUAUCAGAUGUAUGCCAGUUACGGAGGGACAUUGAUGAAUUAAGGACUACAAUAUCAGACCGCUAUGCUCAGGACAUGGGAGACAGCUGCGUUACCCAAUGAUGGAGUGUUGAUCCCGCAGCAAUAAUGACCCGUUGCUAAAUGCUGCUGUGUUAUAGUUCUUCCUGUUUCUUUUUAGGAGCCACGAUGGAAAGUUGCUAGUGACGUAUGACUUGCACAUGGGAUUUUUUUUUCUGUACAUUUGUUUUGUUAGGGGAGAAGGGGAAUAGGAUAUUUCAAAGGGGCUUGUCUAAUUAGGCCAAAAAAUUGAAUUACCAUUUGAAACGUGAUAGAGUGUAUAAGAAAAAAAAAAUUCUGUAUUCUCAAACUACUGACUGUAGGACCAAGCUGUGAAGAAUCCCCUUCAGAUAAAGGGGUAAGAUUUCUUUUUAUCCUGUAGUUUGUGUGUGUGUGCGUGUGUUUAUUCACAAAAUUAUAAGGAUUUCUAGGAUCAAAGCACAGCUUCUGAGAAAGGCACACGCUGUUUAUUCUUGUAUUUCUUUGCUUUCAUGUAGAAGCUUGUGUUGUACUUGGGGUUUUCAAGGGCUGGCCGAACAAGAGUUCCAACAGCAGGCAGGUGUGCUAAUAGAGGUACAGCAGGCAAGACCAUUUGUGUUUUGAAGAACCACUGUGCUGAGAUGAUGAGGUGUGGGAUUGGGCUGAUUUUAGGACUGUGGAUAGGGCAGCUGUUUCUCCAGAGUGAUUGUGAAUUGCCUUAGAGGUGUGGAGUUUGGAUGUGAUGAUGUCUUUUAUAUAUUAUAAAACAAUUUAACACAAUUUGAACUAAUUUUAACGUGUCCCUGACUAUUUACAACUUUUUGCUUAUAUAUAUCAAUGUAAACAAAGCCAUGUGUAAUUCAUGCAAACCUUCUAAGGUCUCCAGUCAUUGUUGUAAAAGAAAAAUUGACAAAGUGACUCUGGAACAAUACCUUAUUUAUCCAGAUCUCAAACGUUUACAUGUUAACAGUUUUGUGUUUGUUUUAAAGUUGAAACUACUUUAAGAAAAGUAUUCUUAAAUCUGUAUUCUUUAUAUCUGAAUUAUCACUAGCAUAAAACAAAAUCUAAGCCAGGUGAUAUUUUGAUUCCUUUUAUUAGGUGAAAUACACUACAAACAGGGUUUUUUAUAGAAUACAAGCUUGGCCAGGGUAGUUCUCCUGGAGUACAGAGUAUCACUACGAAAUGCAACUGAUUCUUAAGUAGACGUACAAUCGUUUCAACUUCAAAUGAGUAUUUCCUUGUUUUAGUUGGUAUUUUGGAAGGACUUUAUAUUUUUAUUGCCUCAGGAGCAUUCAUUACAUUCUUUUGAGUGUACUUAGUUAUGGUAAUCAUUGUCCUUUACAGAUUGGUUUGUUUUCUUGAUGCAACCAAGUCUCAUUUAGGUCAAGAUUGAAUAAGAGGUAGAAGGAAUAGGGAGUGUGAAUCAAGCAGGAUAUUAUUGUUUUGGGCAAGAGAAGAUCACAUGUCUGUUUUCUUGCCAGGCUUAUAUACUGGUAUAAAGGCUGCUCUUAGAAAAGAUUUUUCUUAAAGAUUUUCCACAGUGAAAACAUGUGGGAUAAGGCCUUCAAGGAACCUACCCAGGAAGACAUUCACUUCAGAACUGGGCUUGUGUACAGCGCUCGCUAAGUUAUUCCGUAGUUCUCUUUCAGCAGUCGGUUAGAAUACAUCGUAAGGACAUGAAACUUUGCUUCUGCUCAGUGCCUGAGUCCUCCCUGCUCCUCCUACUUCUGAGGAUCUGGGCACUAAGAAAUCAGUGCAUUGUAGUGAUUCCGCAUCUCAAGGGCCCUCACCUCAUCAGGAGGGACUUGAUCCCUGGUAGGAAUUUGGCUUUCUAAUGAGUUCAUUUGUUUUUUAAUGUCGAUGGUUUGAAGACAAUCAAGGAGCAGUAAAUUUGUACCAAAAAUCUGAUGCAAAGAAUUCUGCCUUGUAAAAAUUAAUUAUCUGUAAAAAUGGCCCUUUACAGUGAAGUAGAUAAUAGCAUCUAAAAGAGAUAAGCCAUAAGGGCAACGCACAUUUUUACAUUCUCUUUGAAUAGACUCUCCUCCCCAAAUGCCAACCUCCCCAAUUUUGGAAAUAAAGGCACCCUAAAAUGAUGGUACUAAUGGGCAAAUAAUCACUGAUUUGGAUCACUACGUUCUUACUUAAAUAUCUCCUAGGUUGUUAGUAUAUGUUUUGGGGUUUUAUGGUUAUUAUUGUUGCUUUAAAGAAACUUUUGGUCAUUUGUUUUAAUCAACUGUAAGUACAGUUUUGUUUUCUGAGUUAGUUGGGAUAAAAUUUGAUUUUUUAAUGUUAGUUUUCAAAAACUUACAGAAUUUGACCUAAUUCAAGUAUCUUGAGGUAAAAAUUUUUUAACUUAGGAAAUUAACAAACUACUGCUGAUGUAUUUCAGUUGCUGCAAUGUAUACUCCCCAUAAAAAAGAGAAUUAAGGUGUGAUAGUUUAAGUAUAACCGUGGAUUACAAAAUGUGAUCUCUGGAGUCUGGAGUUUGUGAAAGGACCUAGCCUUGGAGCGUUGUCCAUUUCUAGGGGAAAUGAAACUAGUAGUAUUCUAAUUUGUCAAUAUUGAAUUUUGAUUUUUCAGAAAAUGGCCCCUCCCAAGACAACGUCUUGUGUUAGGACAUAAUAAUGUUGGUAUCUCAUUGAAAACAAAGAUUUUACUGUUAGGCCAAAUAAGAUGGGCAAAUAUAGACACUGUAGUGUGUUGUCCUAGUUUGAACUAGUUUGUUCUUGAAAGUUAUUACAGUGAUAUAUGUCCAAGAUGAAAAUUAACCGAAAUUUUAAAAUAAAUCUAUUUGAAAAUUUCCUUAGAGAUGAAAACUCUUUGAUGAUGCUUUUGUGAAUAAAAUCCUUGUCUUCUUAGGAAGUACCUCAUGCAGCAUUAGCGUUGAUUAGUGGUCUUCUGGGUUUUGAAGUUGAGCUUAUUUGGCCUCAGUCACAUUCAAGCAGGGAUAAAGUAACAGUUGUCUCAAUGAAAGACCCAAAUCACCUGUGCAGAUAAAAGUAACUGAAUCAGAGGCACAAUAGUAGUGGUCUUUUCAUGUGAUGUUAGAAAACAAUGAUGACUUUUAUUAAACUGUUAGUAAAUUUUCAGUGGCCUCUAAUUUUCAAAAGCUUAAGUAUUGACUGGGUAAGUCAUGCCUGAAUUUUGUUUUUCAUUUUUUAAAAUAAGUGUGGCCCCUUUUUCUGUUUGAAAUAGGAUUCAACAUUUAAUGUUAACAGUAUUUUAUUUUAGUGAAGUUUAUUUUGGUCAUGACAAUUUAUUAGACUUCUUUCAGUAGCUUGUUAGAGACAAUCUCGAGGGCUGGAAAGUGUUGCUAAUAUAGAUAUUGUACAUUUCUGACUUGGUGAUGAGCUUAUAAGUUAAUUUUGUCAUAGUUCAAGACUUACCAAUAGGAAUCUGUUAAAGGAUAUUUUUAAAGGAACUUCUUUAUUGUGAAAAUGUUCUUUCAAUGCCAGUAAUAGUUCAUUGAAUAUCAUAGCAGCUGAGAACUUGGACUGUAUUUUUAUAUAGCAUAGUUCAGCUCAAGCGUAUCUUUAGUUUGGAUUAUCAGCAUUCUCUUAUGUAGACUUCUAUCAUUGUAGAUAUGUAAUUACAGUAAUAAGCAAUUCUCAUAACCAUGCUCACUCAGACUGUGUCAUUUGAAACUGCCAGUAGCUAUAGCUCUUAGAGACAAAGUUAAUUCAUUUCAUUUCCAUUUUUGACAGUUCUUUUCAGUGUUCACAAAACAAGAAAAGCUAUUUCCUAUUUGGUAUAAAGAAUAUAAUUUCCAGCUUCACCCGAGAAUGCCAUGGUGGUAUAUUGCUAUAUGACAGUGUUAUGCAUUUAAUCAUGAGGGGGGAAAGAUUUUGGAUUUUUGGAUUUUUUCUUAUUUAAAAGAAGUAUUGAGUAUAUUAAGAAUGUAGUUUCAAAUCAAUAAGUCAUUAACAACACUGUUUCAGCUGCACACAGAGAGAACCUUCUGUGCCUUUUUGCCUGCAGUAAGCGUUCAUUUCUAUUUUACAGGAGCUGUAAGAAUGUUGAUGAUGAUUAUUGCACCUUGUUCUUCUGUAUAUAGACUUGAUUAAGUAUUGUUUUUUUUAAGCAAGGAGCAGUUCUUUAUUACUAGGUAGAGACCCUAGUAAACAUGAGAGGAGCUAUCAUAUGUCCUUGGAGCCCAGCCUCUUGCCCAGAGAGUGAGCGGGGCACUCCUCUGGAAUGUUGUCGUUUGUGUGUAUGUGUGUACAUAUGUGUAUAAAUAGUUAUUUAAAUACGUAAAUAUAAAAUCCGGCAUCACAUUGGUGUGAUGACAAGAAGUAGUCAGGUGCUAGGUGGUUACAUUAAAAGCACAGCAGAGAGUAUAAUCAGUCACCACGACUGGUGGUUUUGUAAACUAGGUUCAGUUUUUGAACCACCCAGAAUACCUCAUGUGUAAAUACAGCGGUCAUGACUCAAUUGAAAUACCGUUAUUGUGAAAAGAAUGUGAAGCCACUGGUUGGCUUAUGCCUUCUGAUCUAUCAUUCUUGCCUCUUUUUUUGUAAAGGGGUUGGUUUUUUGGUUUUGUUUUUUAAUAGGAUUUACAGCUAGAAUUUUGAAUGCCAAAGUUCUAUUUAUUAAAUAAAAAGUUUUCAAUGUUAAUGGCUAAGUAUUUUUCCACUGGACUAUUGUUUGUUGAUGUUGGAAUUUGUAUUUACAGAGAAAUAAAUUUUUUAUAAAAAAGA